AUGGGUGAUAACUCCAUUGUUGGUGUUGUUGCUGCUGCCUCUACAAAUUUGUGUGUCUCUGAUUCUAUUCCAGGUACUGGCUCCAAUACUUGGAUAAUUGACACUGGUGCUUCUGAUCAUAUGACUUAUGAUGCUAAAUUUUUUGAUGAGUUGUCUAGUAACACCCGUGACCCAUACAUAACUAGUGCUAAUGGCUUGCCCUCUCCAAUUACUGGUGAGGGCACAAUCUCUCUCACUCCUACUCUGUCCUUGUCUCGUGCAUUACUAGUUCCCAAUAUCCAUUGUAACUUGUUAUCUGUUGGUCGAUUACUUGAUACACUUAAUGCUUCUGCUACUUUCUAUCCUACGCAUUGCUCUUUUCAAGAUCUCAAGACUCACGAGACGAUCGGGCAUGUUUGUAAUCGUGUCGUUAAUACUGUUCAAAGUUGCAGUGUCAAAGACAAACAGCAAAUUUGGUUAUGGCAUCGUCGCUUGGGACACCCAUCAUUUGGCUACCUUAAGCGUCUGUUUCCAUCUUUAUUCCGCUCUUGUGAUGAGUCAAGUUUUAAGUGUGAGACAUGUAUUUUGGCCAAGAGUCAUCGCACUGUGUUUCCUUUGAGUGACAAUAAAGCUGCAAAGCCUUUUGAUUUAGUGCAUUCUGAUGUGUGGGGUUUGGCUCGCGUUACUUCGAACGGAUUUCGUUGGUUCGUCACAUUUAUUGAUGAUUGUACCCGACUCACUUGGGUUUUCUUGCUGAAAAAUAUACAUGAUGUUGCUUCCAUCCUUCCAGAGUUAUGUACUAUGGUGUCUACUCAGUUUAAUGCUCAGGUCAAAGUAUUCCGGACUGAUAACGGAGGUGAAUAUGUGAAUAACACUUUGGCAUCUUUCUUCCUUGCUCAAGGUAUUAUUCACCAAACGACAACCCCAUUUACUCCUCAGCAGAAUGGUGUGUCUGAAUGCAAGAAUCAUCAGUUACUUGAAGUUGCCCGCUCCCUUAUGUUGGACAUGUCUGUUCCCCAUCAUCUUUGGGGGUAUGCUGUUUUAUCUGCUGCCUAUUUGAUUAAUCGUACUCCUAGCCGGGUUCUUGAUUUCAAGACUCCACAUGAUGUGUUUGGUGACCAUGUUUCCCCUGUCUCAGUCUCCAAGUUGCCCCCUAAAGUCUUUGGGUUUGUUGCCUAUGUUCAUGUCUACUCUCAUCAACGGAGUAAACUUGAUCAUUGUGCUCUGCGAUGUGUUUUUAUUGGGUUACUCGUAUACUCAGAAAGGUUAUAA